AUGCAGAAGUGUCAUCAAUGCCAAGUGUAUGGAGAUUUUGUACGAGUUCCACCAAAUGAGCUCAAUGUUAUGGGUUCUCCUUGGCCAUUGCCUCUUUAUAUAAUUGGACCCAUAGAGCCUCCUUCAUCAAAUAGACGUUGUUUCAUCCUUGUGGCUAUUGAUUAUUUCAUAAAAUGGGUCGAAGCUUCGACAUACAAGGUAGUGACUAAGAAAGUAGUGGAAAACUUUGUUCACAGUAAUAUCAUUUGUCAGUUUGGGAUUCCAGAAUCAAUCAUAACAGAUAAGGAGGCCAAUCUCAACAGCGAUCUUAUGAAGGAAAGUUGUGAGUGGUUUAAUAUUGCUCAUCGAAAUUCCACAACUUAUCGGCCACAGAUGAAUGGAGCAGUUGAAGCUGCAAACAAGAAUAUCAAAAAGAUUUUAAGGAAGAUAGUGUAUAGUCAUAGACAAUGGCAUAAGAAAUUACCAUAUGUUUUUUUUGGUUAUUGUACCACAAUCAGAACUUCUACUAGGGCAACUCCAUAUAUGUUGUUUUAUGGUUCAAAAGUAGUAAUACUUGCUGAAUGA